UACUGGCCGAGCAAUCCAAUUGCUAUAAACUUUCAUCCUCUCCAUCCAUUGUAACUGUUCUCGAUACACUAUUGUACAGAUCAGAAUGGCAGCCAAUCUUCUUUUGCUCAACGAAUUUUUGCCCUCAUCGGCGCUGGGCCUAGGAUGGCUCGCCGAUACUCUCAAAGACCCCGUGAUGGAUGCAUUUCAAUCACCGAAGCCAAUUCCUGAAGAAUCCGUUCUGCGCACUGUCGGCCAAAAUUUUGAGGCUCUUGCAUCUUCAGCUAGCACAAACUCUUUUCGGCUAUCGUUGACCCGUCUCCUCAAGAAUUCGGAUAGCUUCAAGAACUCUAAGGAUGCGGAGCUCAAGGCCGUUGAGGUCAACCGUUACUUACUUCGCCAACCGAAAGCAGUCUUCCGCGAGCUUGUCAAGGACGAACAAGCACGAGCGUGGCUCAAUGAGACCAUUGAGACCGGACACCGAUCGUACAUGAUCGUCGAAUUGCAGACAGCGAAAGAUCCAGCUCUUGGUAGAAAACAAACGAGUGAGAGUUCUGUUGAUGUGGACCUGACCGUUCCUGUCAGCACCAUCGCAACAGGAGGUGUAGAUGUGCUUGGAUUAGGGGCACAACUCGACUCCGAAGUCGGAGGUGGAUAUUCGCGAACCAGCGACCAAAAGAAGAACUUUUCCCUUGAAGGAGAACACAUAUUUGCCAUUGGCUUCAAGAGGAUCGUUUGGAGAAGUCUUGGUUUUAGCAAAAACAUAGAUAAAGCAAGACUUGAUGACAAGAUAACUUGGUCUGUCUUCGGUGAGAAGCGUGGCAAUAACGAGGAAGAGGUUAUCGGCGCAGACCUUGCAGAUGAGCUCGAUGGCAAGUAUGUUCCGGGCGAGGGCGAGGAAGUCGGCGAGGAUGAGGAUGAAGAUGAAGAAGACGAGGACGAUGAAGUUGCAGAGCUUCUCGGAAAUAGCAUUGCAGUCGGUGAUCAAGUUUACAUGGUAGCUGGAGAAGAGGAUGAUGAUUAGAGAUUUAGUAUCAUCAUGAACAACUACAUCAAGG